AUGUUCUCAAAAUUAACAACCAGAUUGGCACCCCGCCUUUACACACCCGCCGCCGGCACAACAAUUGCCAGCCGUCAGAUAACUUCGCAACAAGUUUUCGAACGCGAAGAUAAAUACGGCGCCCACAAUUAUCAUCCCCUACCCGUGGCCCUAAGCAAAGCCAAGGGCGUUUUUGUUUGGGAUGUGGAGGGCAAGCGUUAUUUUGAUUAUUUGAGCGCUUAUUCGGCUGUCAAUCAAGGUCAUAGUCAUCCAAAAAUUAUUAAAGCUCUCACCGAACAGGCUCAAGUGUUGGCCUUGACAUCACGUGCCUUCUAUUCGGAUGUUCUGGGUGAAUACGAAGAAUAUGUCACCAAAUUGUUCAAAUAUGACAAAGUUCUGCCAAUGAACACUGGCGUUGAAGGUGGCGAAACUGCCUGCAAAUUGGCCAGAAAGUGGGCCUACACCAAGAAAAAUAUCCCUAAGAAUCAAGCUAAGAUUGUCUUUGCCGAAAACAAUUUCUGGGGUAGAACCUUAUCAGCCAUUUCAGCUUCGACUGAUCCCAGCAGUUAUGAAGGUUUUGGACCAUUUAUGCCUGGCUUUGAAAUUAUCAAAUACAAUGAUAUUCAAGCCUUGGAGAAAUCCUUGGAAGAUCCCAAUGUCUGUGCCUUUAUGAUUGAACCCAUUCAGGGUGAAGCUGGUGUUGUGGUACCCGAUGAUGGUUAUUUGAAGAAGGUACGUGAAUUGUGUACCAAAAAGAAUGUGCUAUGGAUUGCCGAUGAGGUACAAACCGGUUUGGCACGUACUGGUCGUAUGUUGGCCGUCGAUUAUGAAGGCGUAAAACCCGAUAUUUUGAUUUUGGGUAAAGCAUUGUCCGGUGGCAUGUAUCCAGUGUCUGCCGUUUUGGCCAACGAUGAAGUUAUGUUGUGCAUUAAACCCGGUGAACAUGGUUCCACAUAUGGUGGCAAUCCAUUGGGAUGCCGAGUUGCUAUGGCUGCCUUGGAAGUUUUGCAGGAAGAGAAAUUAGCUGCAAAUGCAUACAAAAUGGGUGAAUUAUUGAGAAAUGAAUUGAAUAAAUUGCCCAAGGAUGUGGUAUCUCUAGUUAGAGGCAAAGGUCUCAUGAAUGCCAUGGUUAUCAAUGCAAAAUAUGAUGCCUGGGAAGUUUGUUUGAAAUUGAAGGAAAAUGGUUUAUUGGCCAAGCCCACCCAUGGUGAUAUUAUUCGCCUUGCCCCACCUUUGGUAAUCAAUGAAGAACAAAUGUCGGAGAGUGUGGAUAUUAUUAAAAAGACCAUCAUGUCAAUGUAA